GGAGGGGUGUGUGUGAACGGGGGAGGCAGCUCUUCAAAACCUGGUGUUGGGUUCCCCUUCCAUUGUACUCCGAUUCCUCUAGAGGAGACAGAAACCCACCUCUGCUCCCACACCCUGACAACAGACCAGUUGAGAGGCCGCCCUGAGAGACAACUCUAGCCCGUAAAAGUCUUCUUUGGUAGUGCCUUCCCAACCAUUCUCUAAACCCAGCCAUCCCACCUUCCACUUCCUGGUCCAUCCAUCCAUCCGUCAGGUCCCCCAUGGCAAACUCCAUAGCCCCCUUUUUCCUGCCCCGAGUGGCGGACCUCAGCCUGCCCCCCUGUGGAGAGACGCAGUGCAAUGGGAGGGGAACUUGCAAGGACCCCAUAGCAGGAGGAGGAGGAAGCUUCUGUGACUGCAUGCUAGGAUACAAGGGGGAUAGGUGCGAGGACACGGUGAACGAUUCCCUGAGUGUGUCCCUGACCCUCGGGGUGCUGGCCUUCAUCGUGGGAUUCAUCCUCAUCGCCUUCCUCGUCGCCAAGAUCCGACAGAGGCAGAAGAAGAGGAAGAGGUCAGAGUUAAUAACCAGGGGAUACCGGGUGGAUGUGUGACCGGGAGGUCUGAGCACGAUGCGCAGCGUGGACCAGAACAAUUCAGAACGAUCACAAAACUGACUGAAGAUCAUUGAGACCUGACCGAUGAAAACCACCAACAUACAACAUUAGUGCUGUAAUACCGAUCACUAUGACCAUUGUUGCUUUUCUUUACAUGCAGCCAACUGUGUUUUCACCUUACCAUGAUGUGUAGUAUUUAUCAGACAUGCAAAGGCUUUGUAAGCAAAGGUAGAUGUGUGUCCUAAACUAGUUCCCUGCAUUGUAUUUGCAUCCCAUCAUAUUUAACAGGAGUCAAUACUUGAAAAACCAGUUCGUCUUCAUUUAACAUGAGGUCUCCUGUGAUUGGCUGGAGCUAGCUGGGAACUAGGGGACCGUCUGAUUGGUCCGCGCAGUUAUGAAAUAUUUUUCAUGUUUAAAAGAAAACAUUUCACGUUAUUGAUCACUUACCUUCCGUUAAAUGUUCUUUAUAGUUAAUUUUGCUAUUUAGUGGUUCUGUGCUAAACUAGCUGUAGGCUAUAAAACAUAUGUUUAUGCUUUUAUACAUUAUUCAAUGCUCUAUUUAGUUUUUGUAUUUCCCAUUAAAAUAUUCCUGAGUAAGGAUUA